UGUCGUAUAUUUCGUAAAAGUGGAGAUGGAAGUAUAGCACAAGCAGCCUUUGGCGUCUGAACCGCAGACAAACAAUUUCGUUACUGCUUGUUGCUGGCGUGGUAUAUAUCUGCAUUCUGCUGCACACAAAAUGACUUCUAUAGUGAAACCAGUGAGCAGCCACCCAACCUGGAAGAAGACGACCCGACCGAGGACGACCGACAUCGACUGAAGGACUCAAUUGGUACAUACCCGAUUAUCUUCCACAAAUAACAAUGGCCGUGUUCAAGUACUAUCACUAUGAUCCCUCCAUGGCAGCGGCAGCUCUGUUUCUGAGUCUGUUCGCGAUAUCGACCUUAACGCACAUCUAUCAACUAACUCGGCAUCGGACAUGGUACUUCAUACCCUUCGUGAUCGGCGGUUUGUGUGAAACGAUAGGAUAUGGCGGGCGCAUUGGGUCCGCACUCGAGACGCCCGACUGGACCUUGACGCCAUACAUUAUACAGACUCUGCUCAUUCUGAUCGCUCCUGCAUUGUUUGCAGCUUCGGUGUAUAUGAUACUUGGUCGUAUAAUUCGACUAGUGGACGGAGAAAAGUAUUCGGUCAUUCCGGCAAGAUGGCUCACCAAGAUAUUUGUCACAUUGGAUGUCAUCUCCUUCCUGAUGCAAGGAGGUGGUGGAGGACUGCUCGCAUCGGCCAAUGACGCCGACGGCCUUCAACGCGGCCAGAACAUUAUCAUGGGCGGCUUGGCCGUUCAGCUUAUCGGCUUUUCGGUAUUCAUCCUCGUCUCGAUCCUCUUCCAUUGGCGUAUACUCCAAAACCCCACGUCUACGUCGGCCACCAGCAAUGCUCCGUGGCAGCGGUUCUUGUACGUGCUUUAUGCUGUGUCGGUUCUCAUUCUUAUCCGAUCCAUCUUCCGAAUCAUUGAAUAUGGGCAGGGGUGGGAUGGCUCUUUACAGACCUUUGAGGCCGUGCUGUAUAUCUUUGACGGGUUGUUGAUGCUUUCUGCCAUGAUCCUCUUGAAUAUCUGGCACCCAAGCAGAAUCAUCUCGGCAGCUCCUGACAGAAAAUCUCUCGAGUCCAUGACAGAAGAAGGAUUUCGACUAGAAAGCCGUCAGGCCUAGUAGGCUGCUACGGCAAUGGAAAUUAUGGACUCGAGGGGAGCAAUUAGGUGCGCAUAUGGGAUGAGGUGCUAAGUUACAUUGAAGGUUUGCCCCAAAGCUUUUCUCUAUUAUUUUUCUUACUAGAUUUAGCGUUUGUUAUUGGUUAUUUGAAAUCCGAGGCACGGGUUCUGCACAUUAGUGCCUAAUAGAACUCGUAUAUACUAUAUAGAGGGUACCUUGUAGGAGUUCAUCAUAGAUUGACGUUUGAAGAGUGCGACCAGCAUACGAUCUGGUCUAUAUCAGUUCUAAGAUAGCAGAACAAGCAACAAUGGCUAGAGCAGCCGCAGAUCGCUAUAAUGAGGAAUGAGAUAGGACAAGCAGUACACUGACUGAAAUGAGGAUGACCUUGAUCAUCCCAGCUUUACGGGUUCAUGCUAUUCAUGGUGUGGGCAACAAAUAGAAGUUGAUCAACCCAGUAUUCGCAAACGUCAUCCGAGCGCCAAC